AUGGUCAAAGAGACAAAACUCUACGAUCAACUGGGCAUCAAGCCCGAAGCAACACAAGACGAGAUCAAGAAAGCAUAUCGGAAAGCCGCACUAAAAUGGCACCCCGACAAGAACAAGGACAGCCCCCAAGCAGCCGAAAAGUUCAAGGAAUGCUCACAGGCAUAUGAGAUCCUUUCCGACCCCGAGAAGCGCAAGACCUAUGACUCAUACGGUCUCGAGUUCCUUCUCCGAGGCGGCGCUGCACCUCCGCCCGGCGAGAACCCCUUCGCUGGUGCUGGUGGUGCCGGUGGUAUGCCCGGAGGCUUUGGCGGGUUCGACUUUGGCGGCGCCGGUAUGCCUGGAGGCGGCGGCGGCGGCGGCGCAAGAACAUUCCACUUUAGCACUGGAGGUGGUGGCCCUGGCGGCUUUUCAUUCAGCAAUCCCAACAAUAUCUUUGCCGAGUUUAUGCGCCAGCAGGGCGGUGGCGGCGGUGGUGGUGCUGGCUUUGAUGACGACGAUCUCGCCGGCAUCUUUGGCCAUCUGGGCGGCGCUGCUGGCGGUCGCCCCCGUAUGCGCACCAGCUAUAAUGGAGCUGGAGGUGACCCCUUUGGCGGCCGCGGCGGUCGUGAGGCAACUCCAGAAGUCACAACUGUUGAGCGACCGCUGCCUCUCACUCUUGAGGAGCUCUACAAGGGCGUGACCAAGAAGAUGAAGAUCAAGCGCAAGACCUUUGACGAAUCAGGAAAGAGAACCACCACCGACCAGGUUCUCGAAGUACCCAUCAAGCCCGGCUUGAAGAAGGGUAGUAAGAUCAAGUUCAAGGGCGUUGGCGACCAAGAGGAGGGUGGUCAGCAGGAUCUGCACUUUAUUGUGGAAGAGAAACCUCACCCACUGUUUGUCCGUGAGGGAGACGACCUCAUCCACACCAUCGAGCUGCCUCUGAAGGACGCCCUGACCGGAUGGAAGCGAACCGUCACCACAAUUGAUGGCAAGCAAUUGACCCUCGACAAGGCUGGCCCAACGUCGCCAGGCUCCUCCGACUCCUACCCUGGUCAGGGUAUGCCCAUCUCGAAGAAGCCCGGUGAGAGAGGCAACUUCAUCAUCAAGUACAACAUCAAGUUCCCCACGAGCUUGACAGCUCAACAAAAAGAGGAGCUGAAGAGAAUUCUAUAA